AUGGAAGAAGUUGGACAGGACCCACUGGAUGAUGUGCAGGAAAUGAUGGAAAUACUGAAAUUAAAAGUCACAAAACAAAACCUUGACUACCUGAACUUAGACCUUGAAAAGGACCUGCAGAGACUGGAUGAGGCAAAUCAGGUUCUUCUCAGAAAAAUUCAAGAGAAAGAAGAAGCUAUUCAAAGUCUGGAAAGAGAGAUUGCCCUGUCACUAGGACAAGCCAACGAGAGGGAGGAGUUGAACCAUAUUGUAUCUGAGAAGGAGGAAUCCCUGAGGAACCUGAAAUCAGAGACAGCAAAGCUGGAAAAAAGCAACAAGGUUCUAGGCAGGAAGGUGGUGGAGCUUCAGAAGAAGAUUUCAAGGAGAGUUAAGAACACUGGCCUUGAUAAAGAAGCCCUAAAGCAGAUGUUGGUAGAACUGAAGGUGAGGCUACAAAAGUCAACAGAAUCCUGUGCAAAGCAAGAGAAGGAAUUGCUCAAGAUAGAGGGCGACUACCAAUCUUUGCAUCAGCUCUGUGAGGACCAGGCCCUCUACAUAAAGAAAUACCAGGAAAUUCUGAGACAGAUGGAAAAGGAAAAAGAGGUGCUUCUUCUUGAACAAGAAGUAUUCAAAGCCCAGAACAACUCCUCCCAAAUACUGAAACCUGGGUCAAUUCUGGUAGAGACCAUCCAAAGCAACAUGGAGAAGACCAUCAUUAAGAAACAGAAGAGAAUCUUUUGGUACAGACAUUUCAGGUGUGGUGUCUUCAUGGUCAUGAUCUUCAUUAGGCUGCUGGGCUAUGUGCUUUUCCACCUGCAGUACACGAACCCAGACCUUCUUGUGGAUGUCCUACCCAUGGUAAUCAGCAGGGACACCCUGAAGAGGCUGAGGGAGGUCUUACUUCCCUUCCUCACUCUAGAGGUGGAAGAAGUCCUACCACAUUAG